GAGCAAGGCUUUCAAUGGCAGGUGCAGGCUCUGAGAUGGCUGAAUGAGGAAUCAGUUGCAGUCAGGCCAUGGUGACUCAUUCAUUCAUCAGCUCCAGCUUCUCUCCUCUGCAGUUUCUCACUGCAAAUGAAAAUUUUCCAGUUUGAUGUACAAACUUAUUGAACCCCAAAUAUUCUUAACAGUAAACACUUUAUUAGCUUCAUAAAUCCUUAAAAUCUACAUCUUUAAUGGAAAUCUGCAACUUCUGUCAGCAGUCAUGUUUUUCCUGCCAGUAUAUUCAAAUGCCACCCUCUUAAUCCUGUUCCCUCUUUCACUUCAUAUUUAUUGUCCCCCACGGCUUCGAUGCGAUCCACUUGAGCAUGAGGUGAAGAAUAAAUCAAUAGUAAAAUCAAGAACAAAAAGAUCUGUUCUUGAAGGAACUUGCCAAGUACUUAUCUUAAAGUCUUCACAGUGAAGUCUUUCUUCCUCCAAAAGAUUUCCUUAUAUCUGAAGCUAUAUUCUAUGUUAGAUAGCGUCAUGGCCAAUGCUUCAUCAAAAAUGGCACCUUUUCUUCUUCUUGUUCUUCUCAUGGUGUUGGCCGUCGCAAGCCCUGCUACGUGUGCUUCGCUUCGCGACGAUGCCUCAGUCUUGGCUUCCAUGAGAGCAGGCUUCCAGUCUUCCGGCCCGGAGCUGGAAAGCUGGAGCGAAGCCAAUCUGAGCUCAGUGUGCUCGUGGUUUGGCGUCCGGUGCAACCACGGCCGCGUCGCCGGCGUCGACCUCUCUAAUUUGAACAUUUCCGGCCGCGUCGCGGUCGUGGUCUCCGGCAUGGAUGCGUUGGUGAAGCUCUCGCUCGCCGGAAACCAGCUCGAGGGAGGGAUUAAGCUCGCGGAUUUGCCGAGCCUUCGGUUCUUAAACAUUUCGUGCAACUUAUUCGACGGCGGGAUCGAGUGGGGCUACGCGAGCCUGCGGAGCCUCGAGGUGCUCGACGCCUACGACAACAACUUCACCGCCUUGUUACCGUCCGGCGCCGCGAAUUUGAGCCGACUCAGAUACUUGGACCUCGGCGGAAACUACUUCACCGGGCAGAUUCCGGCGAGCUACGGAAAUUUGGCCGCGCUGGAGUACUUGUCGUUGAACGGGAACGACCUCCGCGGCAGAAUUCCGGUGGAGAUUGGCAACUUGACGAGCCUCAGGAAGCUCUACUUGGGCUACUACAACGUGUUCGACGGUGGCAUCCCGGCCGAGCUCGAGAGGCUCGCCGCCACUCUAGUCCACCUCGACCUCUCGAGUUGUGGCCUCGAAGGGAAAAUCCCGGCCGAGCUCGGCAAACUCGUCAACCUCGAUACGCUCUUUCUCCAUUCCAACCGCUUGUCGGGGCCGAUCUCGGCGGCACUCGGCAACCUCACACGGCUCACCCUGCUCGACCUCUCCAACAACGCGCUCACCGGGGAGGUACCCCUCGAGCUCGCCGCUCUCACUGAACUCACCCUGCUCAAUCUCUUCAUCAACCGGCUCCACGGCUCGAUCCCAGAGUUCGUGGCCAGACUACCGAAGCUCGACACGCUGCAGCUGUUCAUGAACAACUUCACCGGCGUGAUCCCAGAGAAGUUGGGCUCCGGCGGCCGGAUGCGCGUGCUGGACCUUUCGUCAAACAAGUUAACGGGCACCAUUCCCGGCGAUCUCUGUCCACUUAAGCAGCUCAAAGUUUUGAUCUUGUUGAACAAUUUCUUGUUCGGACCGAUCCCUGAGAGCUUGGGCAAGUGUUGGAGCCUCACGAGAGUGAGGCUCGGACAGAAUUAUCUCAAUGGCAGCAUUCCCUCAGGGCUUCUCUACUUGCCCAGUCUCAACCUGUUAGAGAUGCAGAGCAACUACCUCUCUGGUAGAAUACCAGCCAAUGAUGAUGAUUCCGGCCAGAGCCGCAACCAAUUGGCCCAGCUCAAUCUAUCCGACAAUUUGCUUUCUGGUUCAAUUCCGACGUCAAUCUCGAAUCUCUCCUCGAUCCAGACCUUGCUAUUGGGCAGCAAUCAACUUUCUGGUCCGAUUCCCGGCGAUGUCGGCGAGUUGCGGCACAUGACGAAGCUCGAUCUCAGCCGCAAUGCCCUCUCUGGCCUCGUCCCGCCGGAGAUCGGCUCGUGCACCCAGCUCAUAUACUUGGAUCUCAGCCAGAACAACCUCUCCGGGACGAUCCCCGGAGAGAUCGCAGGGAUAUCCGUCCUCAACUAUCUCAACCUGUCGCACAACCACCUAAGCGACACGAUUCCGCGGUCGAUCUCGGGGUUGCGGAGCCUCACCGCAGCGGAUUUCUCCUACAACGAUCUCUCCGGAGAGGUGCCCGCCGUCGGACAGCUGGCCUACCUGAACGCUUCCGCGUUCGCAGGAAAUCCUGCUUUGUGCGGGGCAGCGGUGGGCCAACUGUGCGACGCUCGCCCGGCUGCUCUUGCGCGGCCGCGCGAGGGAGCGGGUGGCGAUUUCAAGCUGAUCGUCGCGUUGGGGCUGCUGCUCUGCUCGCUGGUGUUCGCCACAGCCGCGGCGGCUCGGGCGCGGACGUACCGUCGCAGCGGCGGGGGCGGGGCGGGGGAGUGGCAGCUUACGGCGUUCCAGAAGGUGGGGUUCGGCGUGGCGGAGGUGCUGGAGAGCAUGAAGGAGGGGAACGUGAUCGGGCGCGGCGGCGGCGGGACUGUGUACCUCGGACGGGCGGGAGGCGGAGAGAUCGCGGUUAAGCGGCUGCGGGGCGGCGGCCACGACCACGGCUUCCGGGCGGAGGUGCGAACUCUGGGGAACAUCCGCCACCGCAACAUCGUGCGCCUGCUUGCGUUCUGUAGCGACGGGGAGACGAACUUGCUGGUGUACGAGUACAUGGGAAAAGGCAGCCUGGGAGCGGCGCUGCACGGCAAGGGAGGCGGAACGUCGCUCGGUUGGGGGCGGCGCUACCGGAUCGCGGUGGAGGCGGCCAGGGGGCUCUGCUACCUGCACCACGACUGCAGCCCGCGCAUCGUCCACCGUGACGUGAAGUCCAACAACAUCCUUCUCGACGCCGGGUUCGAGGCCCACGUCGCCGACUUCGGCCUCGCCAAGUUCCUCCACCACGACGGCGCUGCCUCCGAGAGCAUGUCCGCCAUCGCCGGAUCCUACGGCUACAUCGCUCCAGAGUACGCGUACACCCUCAAGGUCGACGAGAAGUCGGACGUGUACAGCUUCGGCGUUGUGCUGCUCGAGCUCAUCAGCGGUCGGCGGCCGGUGGGCGACUUCGGCGACGGCGUCGACAUCGUGCAAUGGGCGAAGUUUGCCACGGGCGGGAGCCGGGACAACGCGGCGGCGAUCGUCGACUCUCGGCUCUGCGCCGCGCCGGCCGACGAGGUGGCGCACGUCUUCUUCGUGGCGAUGCUGUGCGUGCAGGAGAACAGCGUGGAGCGGCCGACGAUGAGGGAGGUGGUGCUGAUGCUGUCGGAGUUCCCCCACCACCUGCCGGAGAGCAACCACCAGUCGCCGGUAUCGCCCUGUCCGUCGACGCAGGACCGGAAACGGGGCCCACUAGUUCCGGAUCUUUUGACGUAGUUGUAAUAUUCUGAUAAUUUCGAUAAUUUCUAGGAUCGAACAACGAAGUGUAAGAAGGGGUUCUUUGUAAAAUAGGUAAUUAUGGUGAGGUCAUAUGAGUGAACGAUGCUUUAUUCCUUUCCUUUAAUUUUGGUUUUUGUUUCAAAAUUCACAUUAAUAUUGUUGAAAAAUUAGAUAUCCUCUCAUCUAAAUUUUUUGAUGAAUUAAUACAAA